AUGGCAGCCUGGGCGUCGAGGCCACCUCCUGGRCGGCCUAUGAAGUGAGGGGCCGGAGGAGCAAAGAAGGGACAGGUGAUGGGAAUCCUGGAGCUGGAGGCUCGAGUUUGCUCUCCGCAUACCAACGCAGGUGAAGCCUGAGCGCUCAAAUGGCCAACACCACAGGGCUGAACGCCACAGAAAUCGCAGGUUCGGUGGGUUUGAUCCUGGCGGUUCUCGUGGAGGCGGGGGCACUGCUGGGCAACGCUGCGCUGCUGGUCGUGGUGCUGCGCACUCCAGGACUACAAGACGCGCUCUACCUGGUGCACCUGUGCAUCGUGGACCUGCUGGCAGCCGCUUCCAUCAUGCCGCUCGGCCUGCUGGCCGCACCACCGCCCGGGCUGGGCCGCGUGCGCCUGGGGCCUGAGCCCUGCCGCGCUGCGCGCUUCCUCUCCGCAGCGCUGCUGCCAGCCUGCACGCUCGGUGUGGCCGCGCUCGGCCUAGCACGCUACCGCUUCAUAGUGCACCCGCUGCGGCCAGGCGUGUGGCCGCCGCCGGGGCUUGUCCUUACCGCCGUGUGGGCGGUAGCCGGGCUUCUGGGGGCGCUCUCCCUCCUCGGGCCGCCUCCCGCACCGCCCCCUGCCCCAGCUCGCUGCUCGGUCCUGGUCGGUGGCCUCGGGCCCUUCCGGCCGCUCUGGGCGCUGCUGGCCUUCGCGCUGCCAGCGCUCCUGCUGCUUGGCGCCUACAGCAGCAUCUUUCUUGUGGCCCGCCGCGCAGCCCUGAGGCCCCCGAGACCCGCGCGCAUGUCCCGGCUGCGCUCUGACUCUCUGGACAGCCGCCUCUCCUUCUUGCCACCCCUCCGGCCUCGCCUGCCUGGGGGCAAGGCGGCCCUAGCCCCGGCGUUGGCCGUGGGCCAAUUUGCAGCCUGCUGGCUGCCUUAUGGUUGCGCGUGCCUGGCGCCUGCGGCGCGGGCCGCAGAGGCUGAGGCGGCUGUCACCUGGGUAGCCUACUCGGCCUUCGCGGCACACCCCUUUCUGUAUGGCCUGCUGCAGCGCCCCAUCCGUUUGACACUGGGUCGCCUCACCCGCUGUGCGUUGCCCCGGACGCCUGGAACCUGCACUUCGCAUGCCUGGCAACCGCGGGCACUCUUGCAGCGUCUCCAGGGAUCCCCACAGGGCCCUGCCCUAGGCCCUUCUGAGGCACCAGAUCCUGCCAGGGAAUUGGCAGGAGGACAGAGUCCAAGCAUGCCAGAGGCCACCUGAGAAC